UUUGAUUUUCUUGAUGAAAAGGGUCUUCUAAUUUAUGUUCAGUUCAUUUUAACACAGAUAUUUUGUUGAAAAAAAGUUACUUUUGAUUUGGUAAAUUAUGCAUGAAAUGUGAUUGUUACUGUUAUCAUUGAUAGGGACAGAAAUCCAAAGUACCUGAAUUCAUUGAAUAUGCAAGAAUAUGUAAUUCUCACAAAAUUAUGAAAUUUAUUCCUUGUUUAUAGCUUGGUUGGUAGAUGUCAUUGUUGUUACAGUUGCAUUUUUCAAUUGUUCUCCUUUCCCUAUCUUAUUUAUUCUCAAAAAACACCAACCUAGAAUGAGAGUUUAAAGUUUUAAACUUUCUUUGCUUACUUUCAUUGUCAUGGAACUUUUAAGGUUCAAUAAGUCUUAAUUUUAAACUGAAUCCUGUGGCAAAUUCCUAAUGAUGACGUUUAUUAUCUGAUUCUUGCUUUUUCUAGAGACUAAUAUCAUGUAUUUUAGAUUUCCAACUUUAUAAUUGUUUAUCAGAGCUAUGAAGAUGACCCAAUUAUGGGAUACAACCAAAACCACACGAAAUGCCUAACAAUAUCAGAAAGUUGGGAUGAAGGAGAAUCAGGAAACAGCAUAGAAACCAGUGUACAAGAUUACAGGGAUAAACCAAGUUCAAGAAAAGGGGUACUACUACCUUGUGGUUUUACCAACCUAGAAUCUCACAUAUGUCCUGUUGAUGACACCAAAUCCGUAACCGGUUCUUGUGCAAAUCAUAUAACUGUUCUUCAAACAUCGCCUACGAACGAAAGCUACAGGUGUAAGAGAAGAAACAGUUUAGAGGAUUCUAAAUCAGUAUCCUCCUGCAAUAAAUGUAACCCUGCAAUUAUAACUAGUGAACUGGAGAGUGCAAGGAACAGCAAGAGCUCCAAUAUUGUUGUUCCUGCCACAGAUUCCCACUCGUCGUUUCAGUCUGAAACAAAAAGCAAAGGGGUGAUUUCGUGGUUGUUUCCUCGGUUAAAGAAGAAGCAUAAGAAUGAGAAUUCUCCUAAUAGAGCAGAAUCUGAGGAUGUUUCUCAGGUUCUCAAGGACAUAGGAAUAAUGUCAAUUGAGGCAUUGAAGAAAGAGUUGAUAGAAGCGAACGAGAAUAGAGAUGUGGCGUUGAUGGAAGUUUCUGAGAUGCGAUGUUCAUUGGGAGAGUUGAGACAGAAGAUGGAGUACUUGGAGAAUUACUGUGAAGAGCUGAAGAAAGCUUUGAAGCAAUCCAUGCAGACACAGGCAAGGGAUUCUCAACUUUGUGAACAGAUUAAGCUUAGUAAUCUUCCUCAGAGAGGGAAAUCAAUUGACGGAAAUGAUGAAAAUUCAAUGCCUGUGAACGAGGAAGUAAUGAUAGAGGGAUUCUUGCAGAUAGUAUCGGAGUCAAGAUUAUCAGUGAAGCAGUUCUGUAAGAACCUUAUAAACAACAUUGAAGAAACUGAUCACUCAUUGAUAGAAAAUUUGAACUCGCUUCUUCAACCGUAUAAGCUGUCUCUAAAUUCCAAGUACUCAAAGGCAGUUCUGUAUCAUUUUGAAGCUUUCAUAAAUCAGGCUCUCUACCAAGACUUUGAGAAUUGCAUUUUUCAAACGAACGGAUGCUCAAAAUUCAUAGACCGUCAUGAAGACCGCCAAGCGAAAUUCUCGUCAUUCGUUGCUCUUAGGAAUUUGAGCUGGAAUGAAGUACUGAGAAAGGGAACAAAAUAUUACAGUGAAGAGUUUAGCAAGUUUUGUGAUCAGAAAAUGAGUUGUAUUACCAGUACUCUAAAUUGGAUUAGGCCUUGGCCUGAACAGCUCCUUCAAGCUUUCUUUGUGGCUGCAAAAUGCAUGUGGUUGCUACAUUUGCUUGCAUUUUCUUUCAACCCACCACUGGGAGUUUUAAGGGUCGAAGAGAAUAGAACCUUUGAUCAUCGCUAUAUGGAAGAUAUGAGUCCAAGGUCACAGGGUCCAAGCAAAGUUAAGAUCAUGGUUAAUCCAGGGUUUUAUGUUAAAGAUAGGGUAUUAAGGUGUAAGGUCCUUUGCAGGUACAAAUCCACAGCCUAAAUAAAACUAGGAAACAUGUAUUAUUUCACUGUAAGAAGCCAAAUCUAUUUGAUAAUUAAUUUUAAUAUUCGUUCAAAUUUGUUUAAUCUA